AUGCGAUUCCUGGACAUGCAGAUGCGGGUCACGCCCAGCGCAGCCAAGGAGGUGGAGAAGCUGAGACCCAAGCUGGACGAGACGCAGGAAUCUUUGGACAAGACCAUAGGUGGCAUGCGCGAGCGAUCAGAGAAGGUGCAGGUGGAUGGCAUCGUCAAGGACUCGGAGGCAAAGCUGAAGGAGGUGGAAGAGGCGAUCAAAAAGCUUCAGGAGGCGGAAAAGCCAUUCAAGACCGAAGAAGAGAUGGCCGCGGAGAAGGUCCCAGAACUCCUCUCGGCUCUGGAGUCGGCAUCGCACGCCGCCACGCAGGCACUGAGCGGCGCUAAGACCUUCGCCGGAGUAAAGAAACUGGCUGCUCGACGGCUCAGCGAGGGCUCCAAGCAGACUGCUGAGGAGCAGCUGAAUUCCGUGGUCGGGAAGCUGGACGAGCUUACGAAGACCUUGUCAGAGAGCAAGAAGGCGAUGAUCCAGCGAAAGCAGGAUUUGGUGAAGAAGGAGAUCGAGGGGAAAGUCAUGGAGGUGGAGCGGCUCGUGAAGAUCGCCGAGGAGGCGACCGAAAAGGCUCAGAUGCACGAGCAAGCCGACAAGCAGAAGGAGGGUGAGGAGGCUGCAGGCGAGGCCACCGAGGCUGACAAGAAGACCGAAGGCACCGCUGCGGUUCCUGCAGACGAGAUGAAGGCUGCCUGCGAGAAGGCUGGGGCAGCCCAAGCAGAAGCACGAACCAGUUUGACCGCCGCACAAAAGCUGCUGCUCUCCAGGCAGAAGGAGGCGAAAGGCGGCAGCGCGCCGCCUUCCUCGUCAGAGGAGAUCAGCAGACAGCUCGAAAAGAUCACCGAACUCCAGGGCAAGCUGGACAAGCACAAAGCCUCCUUGAAAGACCAGGAGCACCGCUAUGUUGCCCAGAGACUGCAGAAAGAUGCCUCAGCGCAGCUUGAGAAGCUGGAGCAGCAACUGGCCAAGACCUCUGAGAAGGCAGCGCCGCUGACGUCAGAGGACAAUGGCAUGACCGGCGUGGUCUUCCUGUCUCACGCAGUAGACAGCCUGCGACAGCUGAUGAAGAAGUCUUCGAAGACUCCCAAGGAGCUGUUUGCAGACGCUGCCGGCAGCAAAGGCCACUUGAGCGAGGCGGCUUUCCUGGCCAAGCUCAAGGAGAUCGAGGAAUCCGAUCCACAGGCGAUGACCCUCUCUGAGGAACAGCUGAAGGCAGCCUUUGGCCGUUUAGCCAAUGGCAAGGAAGACGGCGUCGACGAGACUCGCUUCCUGGACGAGUUCCGGGAACGAUAUCUCUGCAGCGCACCCGUGACGAUGACUGACGGUCUGGUCAUCAAAGGAGGCAAGACCAUCCGAAAAGUGGAUGUCAACGAAGUCCUAGAACAGCUGGAGGAGCCCACCCAGGAAGAGUCUUUGGGCUUGAUCAGAGUCAAAGUCAAAGCUGAGAAGGAUGAGAAGGAGGGCUUUGUGACGGUGGCCGGAAAUCAGGGCACCGUGUACCUGGAGCCUUACACCGCUUAUGUGGCCUUCCAAAAGAGCCUGGAGAAGGACCUAAAGUCUCUCAAGGAGACGACGGCCGAGGUGGGCAAGUACUUGGACAACAAGGUCGGAGAUCUCCAAAACGCCAAGUCAGGGCCCCUAGCGGAGACGAAGAACUCCCUGCUAAAGCUGAAGCCGCGUGUGGCGCAGGUCCAGCAGGCGACGGUGGACCUGAAAAAGAAGAUCGCCCAGGCCGAGAAAAAGUUGACGGCCGCGGUGGAAGAGGAGAAGAAGCGGAGGCUGGAAGCCGCAGACAAGCGAGCUGCUGCAGCGCUCGUGGAGGACGUGGCCAAGCUGCUUCAGGCGGAUGAGGAGGCGCUGAACAAAGUGCUUCCUGCUGCCGAGGGCCUCAUUGCCACGCUGGGAGGCGACCAGGAAAAUCCGGUGGCUGCCAUGGAAGCCGCGGAUAAAGAGAUAGCUGCUGUGGAGGAAUCCCUGGCGGCGACCAUGGUUAAGGUGAAAGAGAAGUCCGAGGGCAUGAAGGGUCACCAAGCGAAGGGGCCUUACUCAGAAGCCAAGAACAGCCUUGUGAAGAUGAAGGUGAAGACCGGCGCUUUGGAGAACAAGUGCCGAAAGCUGCGGACGGGUCUGCAAGUCGCCAAGAACGACAUGGCCAACGCGGCCGAAGACGCGAUUCUGAAGGCCCUCCGUGUGCACGUCAAAGCGCAGGGCAUGAGCGCGGAGGAGCUGUUCCAGAAGCUGGGGAAGGGGGAGGAGUCGAUCCAGGCCGACACGCUGCGCCUCGACUGA